GAGUUCAGCCCAAAGGCCCUAAGCAUUAUGAUGCAUAGCCCCACUGAUUUUGGGCCUAAAUUCCUUGACACCUUCCCGAGCCCUCCAGAGUUAGUUCAAGGAGCCAGGGGCUCCUCUGUUCUCCGUUGCUCUGCGCGAAAAUCGAAAUUCUCAACAGAGAGAGAGAGAGAGAUGGGGACGAGGGAGGUAUACGAAGAGAAGCUUAGGAGCGGAAAUCUGUACCACGACCCCACCAUGAACCCUGGGCUUGGAUCGCCUCGUUGCCCUCGUUGUCUUUCUCUCUUGAACCCUAACACUGAUAACGGCGAAUGGACCAUCACGCCCGUUCUACAUGGUGCGACUGCUGUGGCUGGCUCGGGCAUUGGUGGAAUGCUUAGUGCAAUUUAUGGUUUGAAUACAGGGAUGCCCCACAUACAAAAUUAUGUGAAGGGACCAAAGUGGCUUCCUUUUCUUAUAGGGCUUCCUCCACUGUUGCUGUUUUCAGCUGGCAGUGCUGCUUUUGGAGGUUAUGCACUUCCAAAGUUUGCUCAACUUACUGUCACCUCAUACUACGCCUCCUCGAGUGCUUCGCAUUAUGGGAUUUCACUACUUACCAGGCAUAUAGAAGACACCCACAUGUCUCGUACUCAGCACGAGAGACUCAGAUGAUCCCUUGCAGGUGCACAAAUUAGAAUACACUAUACUUUAGUUUUUGUAAACAGUGUGAUAUAAUUUGGGUUUAGAGGAAUGAACUAGUGGGUGGGUUGGUCUGCCACCUGGCCCCCCAUCUUUUUAGUUUUUUAAUUUUAAUGGGAAACAUAUUUUUGUAAUCACAUCUGUGCGUUUUAUAUUUAUAAAUAAUAAUGUUUUGAUGGGUU